GGAAUGGGCAAGGGAAACAUCCUUAAGCAGCAGCAGAACACCAGUGACUGACAUCUCUGACACUAUCGGAUUAGCCAGGUUCGGGUAACCAGGUCCAGUCCGUACUUCAGUGAUGUUUGUCUCUCGCUGUCUUCGUCUGGUCCUGCGUGACGUCUUCUCCCAGUCAUGCCUACACCAGUUCCUGCUGGAGUUUGUAGGCACAGCCCUCUUCCUGUCUGCCAGCCUAUCAACUAUGCUCAUAAGAGGUGACAAGAGGUCGACGGGUGGUUUGACCAAUCAGACCCGUCCCUCUGAAGGUCCUCCUACCUCUGGACUAGUGACAUCCUCACCAGUGUGUCCCCUGCAGGUAGUACUGGUCUUUGGUCUCUCUGUGUCCAUGGCGGCACUGUCUGUCGGCGGGGGAGUCCACUUGAACCCUGCUGUUUCAUUAGCAAUGGCACUGACGCUGAGGCUCCGCCUCUGGAGGGCAGUGCUGUACAUGGUGGGUCAGCUGCUGGGGGGCGUGGCCUCUGCCGCACUGCUGCUCGGACUGACGGGAGACGUGACUCCUGCUAUGAACCAGGUGUCCUCUGGCGUGCGGCUACACCAGGCGUUCACCGUGGAAGUGCUCAUAACCCUCCAACUGGUACUGGUUGUCAUGGUAACUGCUGAAGUCCCUCUGCCGGUAGGGGCCACACCACUGUUGGUUGGUCUGACUGUUAGUCUGGGUCACUUGGUGGCUGUCGGCGCCACAGGUUGUGGGAUGAACCCAGCUCGGUCUUUUGGUCCUGCUGCUGUAACACUCAACUUCAAGGACCACUGGGUGUUCUGGGCGGGGCCUAUUCUUGGUGCAUGUGUUGCCGCACUGGUGGAGAGAGCUAAAACAGCUUUAUGUACUGACAGACAAAGAGCAGCAGGGGGUGCUCUCACAGCUUCCGCGUAG